AUGAUAUGCAGAACCCGAAACUGCGAGUCCCCGCGCCGUCUGUCCGGUCGUCCCGGCAAGAUACGAAUCCAGGGUGAAAUGUCUCUCCUGAUACCUCGAGGCGUUCGUGGGCCAGGAUGGGAGCCAUCUCCCAAGAAAAAAGAGUUCGGGACGGUCGAACGCCGAAGCGGAGUCAGGACAAGCACAACUUACUGGGACGGGUUCCUGACACGACAAAUCCAGCAAGCCGGUUACAGUGACAUGGGGUGA